AUGGCUCCCGCUCGCAGGAUCCAAGGCCGCCGCAUCCGCCAGCCGUCGCCGUCCAAGCCAAACCCCAAGGCCGACCUGCCUCCCGUCUCGGCCCUCUUUCUCAUCGACUUCGACGUCAAGGCCGGCUACACCAUCACUUGGAAGAGGGCCGUGCCGGGCGUCGAGCUCGACGGACAGGUCGAGUACAAGUCGCUGCCGUCGGGGCUUCACACCGUCCGCCACGACCUGAUUUACUUUGUCCACGGCGCCCACGCCGGCUUGAGCGCCUUUGCCAACGAGCCGUGCGAGGAGGAGGCGGCCAGGAAUGCGCGCAUGAUUGCCGUGGGCGUCCUCGUACCCCUGAGCUACGGACGGCUCGGCAGGGCCUGGCGGCACGCAGAGCGCUUGAAGGACCUGGCAGCACGACUGGCCAAGGAUCGUUUCCAGACCCAUCUUCUGGAAACGUACUGGGACGAGCAUAGAGAUGGAGCAGGCGACAAACACGCGCGAGACGAGCCCCCCGAGUCGCCCGACUUGCCCGACUCUCCCGCUCAGGAGCGCAGGCCGCCGCGCUGCAGAAAACGCUCGGCAUCCGACGGCGCCGCGUUGCUGCACGCCGAAUACAAGCUGUCGCCUUUCCACCCCGCCUGGAGCUUGGCCAGCCUCCUCGACAAGUUUGGGCCUCUCAUAUUCCCCAUCCACAGAGCAGCCCUGCUGCGCAAGCGCAUCCUCAUCUCGUGCCAUGCGCCCGUCCACGAAAUCUGCGACUUUGUGUAUGGCAUUUCCAUCCUUUCCAACGUUCCCCAUUCCGUCGCCAAGAGACUCCCCUCGUCGUCGCCCGCGCCCCGCCUACGCCCGUUGUUCGCCAUCGGCGUCCACGACAUACCGUUCCUCAUGGACGACUUUGAGGCCCUCAAGCGCCGUCUGGACGGGACGGCGACGGCGCAAGGCGAAGCCGGCUCGGGCUGGGUCGCGUGCACCACCGACAGCAUCCUCGCCAUGAAGGACACCCUGUGGGACAUGCUCAUCACCAUGCCGCCGGACCACUCGUCGAGGGCGAGGGACAGGGCAUGGCCCGCCGUCGAGCACCCGCGCGGCACGCCCGUCAAGGCCACCCAGCGCGACCUGAGGCGGUUCAACGCCCUGAGGACGGGUCUCGCGCGCCUGGCCGCGACGGCGUGCGAGCCGGAUGAGCCGCAGCCGCAGCCGCAGCCCGACUCCCCACGGUCCGCCGCCUCUGCUGCGCGCCUCUCGGCCAGCCACCUGGUGCGCGCCGACCACCCGGACCACCCGGCGGACCAAGGCGUGGACAGGCUCGUCGAACCCCCCACGUGGGCGGCCCUCGCCUACAACGGCUACAUGUGGUGGGCCUCGGCCGGCGAGCAGCUCCGGUCCGAGGAGCAGCAAGAGUCGUCCCGCGACGCCGCCCUCCUCGCCGACUUUGCCCCUGCGCCAGCGCCAGCGCCUGCGCCUGCCCCCGCCCCGACAGGCGUCUCCCGCUCGGCGUCGCGCGAACCCCUCCUCCUCUCCGACUCGCUCGCGUCUCUCAGCGGCGGCGGCGGCGGCGAGCCGCGCGCCCACCUCGCCAUCGUGGCCUACUUCCACCGCCUGACCGCGCAGAUGCUCUCCGUCCUGGCGGACCUGGUCGACGGCGCAGACGAGGCGUACCCCCCGCGGUACCGGGACCACACCCACCCCGAGAUGCUGCUGGACGACUCCGACUCCGACUCCGACUCCGACUCCGACUCCGCCGACGCCGUCGCCGUCGACAGCCGCUCCGUGGAGCAGAUGGGCCUGGACGUCUGGAGCGCCGCCGACGCGGCGUACGUGCAGGACCUGGCGGAGACGUAUUUCGGCACCGGGGCACGGGUCGAGGGCAAGGGCGUGGAGAUUUGCGGCGUGCGCGUGUGCUGA